AUGGCGUACUCGUCGCGCGACGACCCGAGCAGCGCUGACCUCGGUAGCAUGAUCGACUCCUUCCAGUCUCCCGGUGUCGACCACGGUAUCCUGUCGCGGGGGGGCAAGCGGGGGAGCGGUAGCGGCGGGAGCGGAAAGAUCACGCUCGCGACGCCGCAGCGGCAGCCGUUCGGCGCGCUGACCAACCGGCGCAACGAGUUCACGCCGCUGCUGAAGAGCGUGCACCGGUCUGGCGUGAAGCGCUCGGGCGUGUUCGGCGAUGGCGUGCCAGUGCCCGACUUCCUACGGCCGGGGGCGAGGCUGCCCAGUUCCCCCGCGCUCCCCGAGGAUACUGCCGACUUCUCCGAGCAGACGGGCAUCGAGACGGUUAAUCCGAGUGCGCAUGAGAGUUCGGUCGGCAGCACGCCGUUGGCGCCGAGGGGGGGUGGGGGAGGGGCGGGUGCUCCGCUGGGUGGCGAUGGGCUCAUGACCCUCAGGGAACAGGAGAAGGUUAUCGAUGAUAUCAAGAAGGAGAACUUUAGUCUGAAGCUCAAGGUGUUUUUUCUCAACGAGCGGCUGGAUAAGCUGGGGCCGGAGCACAACGAUGCGGCGUUAAAGGAGAACGUCGAGAUCAAAGUCGAGCGAGCGACCCUCAAGGCGGAGCUGAAGCGGUACAAAAAGUCGCUGUUGGAUUCGGAGAAGGCGAUUGCGGAGCUACGGCAGGAACUGGGACGCUCCGGGAGAGAUCGGGAUAGCAAUUAUACCAACGACCGGCGGAGCGAGGAGGAGGCCAGGCUGCGCGAGGAACUACAACGGAAGCUCGAAGCUGUCCAGACAGAACUCGAUAAAGCUCUGGACGAGAUCGAACAGCUGCGCGAGAAUGACGAGAAAGAGCUCGAGACGCUGGAGGACGAGAAGGGCGAUCUGGAAGCUGAGCUGAGGGAGAAGGAAAGAGAGGCGGAUAAACACGAGGAGCAGCUUGCCGAAAUUGAGGACAAGCUUAAGGAGAGGGAUGACCGCAUCGUGGAUUUGGAAGAACACGCGGGUGAGCUCCAGGAACAAAUCAACGAGCUCAAGGAGGGACGAGAUCAAGAGCUCAGCGGUAAGGAGCAGCUGCUCGAACAGAAGGACGAAGCUCUACGGGCGGCUGAAAGAAGGAUCAAGGAGCUCGAGCGGGUCGAAAGACUGGGCGACGACGUCCGGAACAAGAGCUUCUCGUACAAAGGUCGACUAGCGGAGGAGAACAAAGAACUCAAGACACUCAGGUCGGAACUCAAGGACGUGCGGGCCGAGCUAGAGAACCUUCAACAACAGUACGAUGACUUGGACUCCCAAUACCAAGACAAGAUCAAUGAGAACCAACGACUGCAGAAGAAGAUGGAGGAUAUGAACGGCGACUUUGACGCGGAGGCGGAUUCGAUGGAGAAGCAAAUUCACCAGCUCAAACUCGACAAGGAGGCUCUCGCAAAGUCCCGCGCCGAACUUGAGUCGAAAGCACAGCAGGCGCAACAUGAGAUCAAUCGUGAACUUUUCCACGCUACCUCCGAGAAGGAUCUCUUACGUGCUCGCCACGAUUCCCUUGCUACCGAAAGCGCCGAGCUCCAACAACAGCUUCAACAAGUCAAAAAGAAGCUCCAAGAAAGCAACGUUGCUCUCCAGCAGGAGAGGGAUGCCGCUCUGACUGCCGAGAAGACAUACAGACAGCAGGCGGAUGUAGAGAGGAAUGCCUUCGAUGAUGAAUUGAACGAGCUCGAUGGCAAGUUGCAGGAGCAGGCACAACAGUACGAGCGCGAGUUCGACAACUGGGCCUCCGAGAAACGUCAGCUGGAGGUCAAAUUGCAGAGAGCUGAGGAAUCUUCCGAGGGCCUCAAGAGGACUCUGCAGUCGCUACAGCAGACGGAACAUACCCUCCAAGGGAAGGAAGCCAAGCUUGCCGAUGCGCUCCAGAACGAGACCGAACGGCAUAAAGCGUCAGAGCAAAGCUUGGAGAGACAGAUCGAGGAGCUCCAAGGCGAAAUCGGGGAACGCAAGCACGCCCUCGAGGCCAAGGCCGCUGAGCUCAGUGCUGCCAUGGAGGAAGUCCGACAAUCGAAAAAGUCCGAGAGGACGCUCCAGGACCAGAUCCAGGCGCUAAGUGACGAAGUCGAUCUCUUGACAGCGCAAAACGACGAGCUUCAAGAGAGCGCGAGUGAGCAAAUCGAGGCCGCACAGGCUGAGGUUGACGCCGUGCGGAAGAAGCUCAAUGCUGCGCGUCUCGAAGAGAAGCUGCAGCUCCAGGAUCAACUCAUGACCGUUCAAUCUCAGCUUGCAGACUUGCAGACAUCUGCGGUGGACGUUGAGAUUGAGCGUGAUGAGCUCAAGAGCAGGCUUGCCCAGAGUUCGAAGUAUGGUGAAAUGGCCAAGGGUUUCGACAACGAGAAGAUGGAGCUACGAAAAGCCAAGAGCAAGCUCGAGAUCGAGGUUCAGCAUGCAAGCGAGGAGCGAGAGAUUCUCGAGAGGAAGAUCGAUGAGCUGGAAGCCGAGCUCGAGGAGACUCUCGAGGCUGCACGCGAACAGGAAGAGAAGGCGCACACUUUGGGCCAUGAUCUAAAGAAGCUCUCGGACAGUCGCGAGCGGGAGCAGCAGAAAGCCCAGCAGAAGGUUGCCCGUCUCGAAGCUAGGAUCGAUGAGCUGGUCAAGCAGGGUUCUCACGAUAGCGAUGCUGAGGCGGAGAUCGAAUCUCUGCGUGGCCACCUCUCGGAUUCUCAAAGGCGGGAGGCGGAUCUUGCACGACAAGAAGCCACCGCCAAAAAGGAUCUUCGCGAGUUCCGAAGCAGAAUCAACAAGCUCGAGCAGGAGCUCCACGACGCACGCAGUGCCGCUAACCAGCCCCCAUCGAUCGUCAGCUCGCCCAUCUCCGGUCGUGGUGCGGUAGAGGAAGAGCUCCGCCGACAACUCGCGUCCGCUCAAGAGAAGAUCCGCGAUCACCGUAGCCAGCUCAAGGAUUCCGAGAACACAGCGCAGCUGCAGAUCAACGAGGAACGCCGGGAUCUCCACGACCGCCUCCGGACGGCCACAGCCGAGCUGGAACAGCUUAACAGCCAGGUCAAGACCAGGGACGACGAUAUCCGCGGCCGCCGCCAGCGCGAGCGCGAGCUGGAAGCCCAGCUACGCGCUCUCGAGCAGGCGAAGCAAGAGGUCGACUCGCACGCGUCCGCGGAGCUGGAGCGGCUCACGCGCAAGUACCACCACGUAGCCGUCGAGGAGGCGGAGCAGAGGAUCCACGAGGCCGAGAAGCGCCAUCAGGCCGAGAUUAAGGGUCUGGCUAAACAGAUCCAGUACCUCAAGGCCAAGGGCGCACGCGAAGCGUCGUUCAGGAGCGAUCUCGCGUUCAGCAAGAGCUUCUUCCUCAUGCAGCUGCAGCUGUACAGCACUUGCAACGAGGCGAAUAUGCAGCUCGUCGAGCAGAUGGGCAUCUUCCCUGACCGCUAUGUUCGCGAGAAACGGCCCGCCCUGCGCUCCGUCAUCCACGCCGUCAUCGCGACCGUUCGCAUGCAGAAGUUCAAGGAGACCUGGGCCGUCAGCAAAGAUAUCAGGAACCAGGUGGCCCGGUCCGUGGAGCUGAAGCGGUUGGAGGCGGGGAGACGAUAG